AUGUUCUAUAGUACAAUUUACUGUCCAGAAUGUAGAAGAGAAAACGUGGUUUACGAUCCAUUCACUUUUUUGUCAGUUCCUGUUAAGAUUUGCUUUUUUUCGCAAGUAACAUUAACUGACUAUUUGAAGAGCUUCAUACAACAAGACAAUUUGGAUGAAAAUAAUAAGUGGUACUGCGAAAAUUGUAAACAAAAAGUUCGGGCGACAAAAACUAUGGGAAUUGAACGUUGUUCGAAGUUUUUGAUCAUCCAUUUCAAGAGAUUCGAAUACGAUGGUGUAGAACCACGUAAAAUAGUCACAAAUGUUCAAUACCCUGAUGAACUUGAUUUGUCUGAUUUCUGCAAGAACGACAGAGGAAAAUUGAAAUUGAUUUCUGUUAUUUUCCACUUAGGAAACGCAAGUAGCGGACAUUAUACGUGCGCUUCGAGAGAGGAAGGAACUGAUAAAUGGUUUUACUAUAAUGACUCUUUGGUUAACCCAAUAGACCAAGCGAAAGCUCACUCUGAAGAUGCUUAUAUAUUGAUUUAUCAGAAAAUAUAG